CGUUCGGAUUGUUGUCCCUAACUUUCAAACACCCAAGAAACUGGAUUCUCGUUCGUGCGCUUAGCUGCUAUCCAACUCGAUGCACCAAAAGAAAUAUACUUCGUCUGGCAGACGCCUCUUAUCGCUUGUUAUCUUCCUGUCAUGGUGCUGUGUAGCCUGCGUACCGAUGGAAGGUCACAUUCCGAUUGAUACCAGCGCAGCCCUUGGAGUAUCGAAGGAAGAAUCUCCCCAUUUUAGAACGGAUACUGGCUUGUCCAGAAGUCGGGAAGCUUUACUGGACUCCGGCGUUACGGUGUCGGAACGAGCACAUAGCAACGCAGUUUCAUUCUCAUCUCGUAGAAGACCUGCCUUGUCUGAAGGAACAAAACGUCAAAGGCCAAUUAAAGGUGGACUGACCGAGGCAUUGGUUGCAGAUGUUCAUGGCGGCGAAGGACCAUCGGUAGCUAAAAGCGCUCAAGAACUUUCAGAUGAAUGGCAAGCAGAUUUACAUGCUGGGUUGAAAGAGAUUUCCACUUCCAGGGCUUAUGUGACGGAGUUGAUUCAAGAUAAGAAGCUUUUUGAAACCAUACCCAGGUAUCUAGAUGUUCUCAUCGGGAAACAGCUUGAAAUAAUAAAGGAAUUGAACAUGGUUCCCCAAAACGACAAGACCAUCAUGGGUGAUUUUCUUGCGAAUUGGCUUCAUGAUCCCAAAACGUUUUUUGAGCUGGAAAAAGCCUUCAAGCCAAAAUCAUCAGGUUCCAAUGAGCUCUCAUCUUUUCUGGGCGCCCAUUCACCUGAGGAAUUGGUGCACUUUGAGCUGCAGGUUCGAAAAAUGGUUCACAAUACCAACAAGCGUUUAUUCCGAAUGAUAAUCAAACUAGGCCGGGAGGGUUUAAAAAAAUUGGCUGAAAACAGUCAAGUCACCAAGAAGUUGAAGAACCCAGAUGGAUUGGCUGAAGGUUCGCAGGCGUCAAAAGGCCAACUCAUUGCUGUCAAUGGUGGAAUGAAACAAAACAGUCAGCUCAAUGGGCACAAUCAUUUUGCUUCGGAUCAACAUAUCAACUUUUCUGAAGAGGGGAAGCGUUUGAAAAAAGAGGAAAAUAAACUAAGGAAAGACUUUGAAGACGCCUUGCAAAAUAAGUUGAACAGCAAAGAAGUAAAGAGUAUCUAUGAACUCGUGAAUAGGAUUUCGAACUUCAACGUCCGCAAACAGAUCGAAUUUACCAUUGAACAGCAGGAGGCUUUGGAUGAACUUUUGGAGGAUUUGCUUGCAGUAAAAGAAUCACCUGCGGCACCCAAGUUAUUAUACGGAAUUUUGAAAGGCGCCAUCCAAUCAACAUACAGCAUCAUGAAAGGGUUGCCUAAGGAAACUUCCGUCAAAACAACAAACCCUUUGAAGCUAUCUACCUUGUGGAACGCCCAAUCACCUUCUGAUUUGAAGCGGUUUGCGUCUGAUGCACAAACUUUUCAGAAUAAGAUUCAUCGUCAUUUGCUAGAUUUGUUUAAGCAAUACCGACAUUGGCACAGUUCGCAUUCUCGAUCAAUGGACUUUUGGAUCGAUCAGGCACAAGCCAUACUCAACCUGGAAGAAAUCAAAAAAGCACCCUCGAAAUUUGACACUUCCUUCAUAUACCAAUUGCAAGAAGCAGAGAAAGAUUUUGAGCAAGCGCGGCUUACCUCACGAUGAGCUAAAAGUGUGUAGUCAGAGAAAUGAAACUAGGUAUAAAUUCUGAAUGGGGGCCAACUCUUUUUCCAAAAAAGGACAUAUUAGUACAUAGUAGGCAAGAAAACUAAGUCUGAUGAGUGACCCAAAAAACUGGGAUAUCAUAUCUGCUCGCAUGCAAAUUGGUUCAUUAUUUUUCUGCUACAUUGGUUCUGCUUUUUUCCAGUUCAUCGUUUGAUUCUUUUCUCCAUUUUUGCUGACAUCCUUCCAUUUACAUUUGACUUGAAUACACUAUGGCUAAGACAUGUGCGUAUAAAUAUUAGGUUGAUUCACUUUGAGCAAUUUGGUGUCAUUCUUAUAGUGUUUAUGCUAGAACGUUUAAAGCUUUCAUGUUGCUGAAGUUGCUCAGAAAUGACUUUUCUAAAGUGUAAUUUGGCCUAUGGCAUUGCACACUAUGAACCUAAGAAAGGGAAAACUCA